CGGCCCACACCCACUGCGCGGUGCAAGGAGGGACAAGCCCCUCGCAGGCGAGUCUCGCGGCUGGGCACAUAUACGAGGAUCGGGACCCUUCUGCUCCCCACUCCCAUGCCGGUGUUUUGACGUGACCGCAGGCGGGGGCUGAAGCAAGAGACGUCAUUUGGCAGCCGACUGGAGAGAGGAUCGCGAAAGAUCGGGGAGGAGCGGCCCGAGGAGGGGGCGGCCGCCGAGCUGGGCAGGGUAGGGGCCAGGAUCACCGCCGCUGCCAAUGGACGAGGGCGAAGCGGGGGAGCACGGAGGCUUGCAUGCUGCUGCCUGAUGCCGAGGCGAAGGAGGCGAUUGCAGAAGGGUCCUAGGCAACCCACACCCCUUCCCCGCCCCACUACACCAGGGCAGAGCGGGCCCCAGGGAAGGUCACGCCGCAGACUGGAGUGACCGGUUCCCCGGGAAGGCGAAUGUGCGCGAUGGAUGGCGCGGGCCCGCCCUAGGGGGUGGCCGGAGAGUGAAGCGCUCUCUUGCCGGGGCCGGAGGUGUGAGAUCUUGGAAAGCAUGGCUAAUUGCAGCUAGCGGAAAGGAGCAUCUAUGGCUGACCCCUAAGGAUGCUUCAGGCCAGAGUGAAGUUAAUUGUAACCGGAGAUGACUUUGGCUACUGCCCAAGGAGGAACCAAGGAAUCGUGGAGUGUUUCCUGGCUGGAGCAGUUUCCAAUGUUUCCCUUAUGGUCAAUGGCAGCGCUGCGCCAGCUGCAGCACAACUGGCAAGAAGGCAUAACAUUCCAAUAGGUCUGCACGCCAAUCUGUCCGAGGGCUCUCCUGUCUGCACGGCACUCAAGAAGAACUCCUCCCUGCUCAGCAAAGACGGAUUCUUCCACGGAAAGAUGGGAUUCAGGACGGUUCUAGCAAAAGGUCUCCUGAAAAUGUCAGAGGUGAAACAGGAGCUAACGGCACAAGUUGACCUCUUUCGUGAAUUGACAGGUCAUGUCCCUCAUCACAUGGACGGACACCAGCAUGUUCAUGUUCUCCCAGAGGUUAGACAUGUGUUUGCACAGGUGUUAGAAGAGUAUGGGAUCAAGUAUACACGUGUGCCAAUAGAACUAGGCCUUCACAGCUGUGCGUGGAUAGAGCCACCUCUAAUGGACUUUUAUCUGGGAGUAGAAAAAGAUUCCCUUGACACAGUAGAUGUGUUUACAAGACACGGAAUAAGGUGGGCUGACAUUUAUAUAGGUUUGAGUACCAUGGGCAAAAACAUGUCUGUCAGCAACAUUCAGAGCGCCAUUGAUACUGCCGUGGCGGCUUUUGCUACCAAGGAAAACUCUCUGAUGACUCAAUUUUCACCUCAACAUCAGCAAGGCAGAACAGUCACAAUUGAACUGAUGGUACAUCCAGGGUACCCCACUAUUCCACCUGUUGGAGGCUGUGGAGAAGGACCAGACGAUUUUUCACAGUCAUGGGAACGCUUGCAUGAACUCCAAACAUUAAUGAAUCCAGAGUUGCAAAGCUAUUACAAAACAAGGAACAUUCAACUUUGUGCAUUUAAAGAUCUUUAAGCAAGAGAAGAUAAAUAUAGCUUGUACCGAGAGGGGGGAAGAAUCUGUAGCUGAUAGUAUACCUCAUUAACGCAGAAGGGAACUGUGAAUGGACUGGGAGCAGCCUAUAAACUAAUUAGAAAUAUCUGGACUCUCCAAUGCACCUAGCAGCAAUAUCCCAGCCUGUAUCUCUCUCAUUGUCAUCAGAUUUGUAAGACACCUCAGCUGAUCUGAAAGUGAUGGAUUUCUUUUGUGUAUCAUAUUCACGCUCCACCCCAAAAUUUAACUUGAAAGCCAAGGCCCAACUGUCAGACUAACAAACAGUUCCUGCAGAUGCUGCAAUAGCAGAUAGCACAUCCACCCAUGGCUGACAAUCAUGCAUCAACUUUUUGAAAGAUUUUUUUUUUGUGCAGUGACAGGGAGUAGUUGCAAAAAGAUACACAGCCUAGAAAGUAAAGCCUCACCUGGCCAAGGGAGGCGGAUUUCUGUAAGCCUAGUAACUUUGAGCAUUCCCUUCAGAAAUUACUGUAUUGUCCUUUCAUUUUUUUACUUGAACUGUUGCAUCUUUACUCAUGCCUACAGAAAAGGAAUGGUCAUUGCAAACAUUUUUUUUUUUUCACUAAAAGUAAUCAACUUAUAUUAGCCUUCUGAUGUCUUCAAUCAUACUCCAUGCAAGUAGCUGGAUGCAGAGUUACUGUUCUAUUUAAGUAGGCUCCAGCCAUUACACAGUCAAAAGAAAAUUUUAAUGCCAGCACUUCCAGACAGGCUUUUUAGAUGAUUUUACAAGAACAGCAAUCGUUGACCCAAUUAGCUAUUUCAUGAUGACUGUUACCUGUAAAAAUCCUACCAUCACCUGUCAAUACACCACACUCUGCCCUUUCUACGUGCUGUGAUGGCCACUUAUUGUAAACAUAAAGAUGUUCUAACAUCUAGAGGGGGCAAUGACAAUGAGAAGGGAAAAACUCUGAUUAUCAUCAAAGCUUUCUAAUUUCUACAAUUCCACUACAGGUCAGUUUUCAUUCCUCUGGUACUUUCUGAAAAAUCCUCCUUGUUGUAUGAGAUUUUUCUGAGCUUCACGGCUGCCCAAAGCAUAAUUUAAUAUGUCAGUGCUGUUCAGCCAUCUUGGCUAUAUAAAGAGAUGGAAAAAUGCACUUCAUCCAAGCCUGACCAGUAUUUUCCCGCUUUUAGCUAAUUCGAACCUCAUUUUAGCACAAAGCCUUUAUUUUUAUAAAGUCUUAACUGUUUGAUGCAUAACCUGUAGAAAAAUCAAAGUCUACAAGAGCCCAGUCAUACCAGGGCUGUGUGCACAGAGGGCAUGAUUAACAGGACUUAUUUGGCCUCCGGUUCCUAGCCAAGUGGAAACUUUCUUUGUGUAAGGAAAAAACAAACAAACUUAACAUUAAGAUUGCUAUAUCAAGCACCUUUCAGGCAAUUCCAUAAACUUAGAUUAGGCUACAGUAUUAAUUCCAGAUUUACAGUCUCUAUUGUAAUAGGUACAUGGUGUACAAUGUGGCUGAGGCAAAACUACAAAAGAAACCAAUUUUUGGAAGUGCUUGAUAUGUCAAAUAACUUUACAUUAACACCAGUCUUUACAUUUAGUGGUAAAGUUUCCAGGUUACUGAUUGUGAUAAAGUAUAAUAAAAGAACAAGGGAUGUAAGAGUUGCACUCAACAAUGAAAGAAUGAGAUUGUAAAAGUGCUGUUAGAAGUAUGAGUGCCACCUAGUGUUUACUAUAUGUUGUUCAUGUGCAGUAAUAUGCCUGGAGGCACUGUGGAUUAUCUAAUACUGUAUCUCAGAUUUUUACACGACAUGACCUUGUUUUAUUACAUAAUUUUUAACCUUUGA